UGCAGCGUAAAUGUCUUCGCCUUCGCCAUCGUCUAAAAUGGCAGCCAGCGAAGGUUCGGACAGAGAAGGUUCGGAGUUCGGUUCGGAAGACAAAGGGAUGAUCGAGUAUUUCGGUUUGGUCUUUCAUCUCGGCGUCAAUUCCAUCGGACAUGAAUUUUGUCACCUUCGUUUUUUGUUAUUGAGAGGCCGACACGUUGAGAUGUACAAGCGAGAUCCUCAUGAGAAUCCUGGCAUUAAACCAAUCAGGAAGGGUGUCAUUGGGCACACUCUUAUGGUGGAGGAACUAGGACGUAAGAGGGUCAAUCAGCAGGAUGUUUAUGUUCUAAGAUUUUACAACCGGCUGGACGAGACAAAAAAAGGAGAAAUUGCUUGUGCUACGGCUGGAGAAGCUCGGAGAUGGAUAGAAGCAUUUGAUCAGGCCAAGCAACAAGCUGAGUACGAUCUUUCAAGAGGAAGUAGCACAAGACGGAAACUAAACUCGGGGAAUGAGCUCAACCUUGAAGGACAUCGGCCACGGGUAAGGAGGUAUGCACAUGGUUUGAGAAAGCUUAUAAGAAUUGGAAAAGGUCUAGAAACACUCCUGCAUCAAUCCUCAGAUUUGGGAGAUUUCAGAUCAGAGAGAUAUUUUGAAGGUGAUGCUGGGGAUGCUAUUGAAGCACAUGAAUGGAAAUGUGUCCGUACUGUCAACGGUAUUAGGAUAUUUGAAGAUGUGGCCGACUCCAAGAUUGGUAAAGAUGUCCUUGUGAAGGCUGUUGGUGUUGUUGAUGCAAGUGUUGACACUGUAUUCGAAGUAUUCCUAAGCCUUGACCGACAUCGGAGAUAUGAGUGGGAUAUGUUGACUAGUCACUUAGAACUUGUAGAUUCUAUAAAUGGGCACUAUGAUGUUGUCUAUGGUACAUGUGGCCCUAACCACUUGGCUCGGUGGCAAUCCAAAAGGGAUUUUGUUUUCUCUAGGCAGUGGUUUCGUGGACAAGAUGGAGCAUAUACCAUAUUGCAAUUUCCGGUUGUCCACAAGAAGCAACCUCCUAAAUCUGGCUAUCACCGUACACAAAUUAAUCAUUCCACUUGGGAGAUGAGAGGUUUGAAUCUGUCCCCAGCUUCAAAUGCUGCAAGAUGUUUGGUAACACUAAUUUUGGAGCUACCGACAUCUAGUGGCUGUUGUAUGUGGAAGAAGAAUCACUGGUCAGACUUUGAAAAGACAGUCUCCUAUGCUUUGUUGUCCCAAGUUGCAGGCCUCAAGGAAUACUUUGGAGCAAAUCCUGCACUCAGAUUUGACUCUCCAACUACUGUUGUCAAUUCAAAAGUCUCUACUUCUAGUGCAAGUGGUGAAUUUGAGGAUGAAGAAGUUGGUGAUGAAUUCUAUGAUGCAAUUGCUGCUGAUCCAUCAUCUGAAGAUGAGGAUAGCGAUGAUGACGUAGAGGAUGCCCAGACGGAUGGGAAAAUGAAGCUAAAGAAUGUCUCAUGGGCCAUCGCAAGCUUGGCCUUGAAACGGAGUUCAGUUACAGUUGCAAAUAAGGAAUUAGAUGACCACAUUCCUCCUAUCAGUAUGGAUGCAAGUCAGUAUCAUGGUUCCAUGUCCCAAGGAAAAGAUCUUACUGACACAAACUGUUGGUCUUGUCCGGGAGGACAAGGCUUUAUGAUAAGAGGAAAGACAUACUUAAAGGAUAAUUCAAAGAUAACGGGAGGAGAUCCUCUUUUGAAGCUCUUAGCUGUUGACUGGUUCAAGGCUGACAACCGAAUUGACAAUGUUGCAUUGCAUCCCAAAUGCUUUGUUCAGUCAAAAGCUGGGAAGAAACUGCCAUUCAUGUUGAUCAUUAAUUUAGAGGUUCCAGCAAAACCAAACUACAGUUUGGUUCUCUACUAUGGUGCUGAUCGGCCUGUAAGAAAAGAAUCUUUAUUGGGUAGAUUUGUGGAUGGGACUGACAUAUUCAGGAACGCAAGACUAAAACUUAUUCCAAGUAUUGUAGAGGGAUAUUGGAUGGUCAAACGUGCUGUUGGAACGAAAGCUUGCCUGUUGGGGAAAGCAGUUACAUGCAAAUACCUCAGACAAGAUAACUUUCUGGAGAUUGAUGUGGAUAUCGGCUCAUCAUCUGUCGCAAGGAGUAUCAUUGGCUUAGUCCUUGGAUACAUCACAAGCAUCGUAGUUGAUCUUGCAAUUUUAAUUGAGGCCAAGAAAGAGGAUGAGCUGCCUGAGUACAUUCUUGGUACAGUUCAAUUAAAUCGUGUGAAGCUCGAUUCUGCUGUACCUUUUGAGGUUUGAGGAACAUAUCCAUUGUCAUUGUUUCUGCUAUUCCAGUCACGGGUAAAUAGUCAUGGGUACCAGUAUUUGCAGUAGUAUUGCAUCAAUUCUACAUCAAAAUAUACUGCAUGCUGUAAUAGUGUAAAAAGAUACAUGGUGAUUCAGUUUGGUAUUCCAACAAGCUUCUGCCAAAUAUCCCUUGUAACUUAGCAAAAGAAAAUUAUGAAUAUAUCAAUAAAUACUGCCAUUCUUCCAUC